AUGUCCAACAGCACCGUUUCCACUAUCCCACUCGUCAUCAUUCACAAGCCGGCCACGAGGCCACCACUUCCGCAACGCCGAGUAACGUGCUCGUUCCUCGAGCCAAUCGAGGGGAGGAAAAGGUCUUCCAUGGGAAAGCCAUAUUCGCCACCAAGAAUGAAGAGUCCGGCCCCUGAGAACAUGAUCAACCGGGCCAACUCCCUACGCAAGCCGAUGACAACGAGGACAAACUCGAUGCCGGUUCGACCGCGAGCUUUCAUGAGACGCGCAAUGUCGAAAAUCAAGCGCACCAACUCUGGUGCAAUUGUCACUAAUUCGACGAUGGACAUUGGGGAAGCCAAGAAGUGGUCGCUGCAGCAUAGUGAUCCGCCGAGUCCUGUCGGCCGACGUCCCAGAUUGCGGAGCCGGAAGAUGGAGACAUACGGUUAG